UUUAGUUCAUUUGUUUACUAUCUAUUUAAAAAAAGUUAGGCUAUUGUCAAAAGUAAAUAAUUGUUUGCUUGUUUACUUGUCAAAAUAAUAUUUAAAAAUAAACGAUAACAUAAUAUUGUUGAUAUUGUUAUUAACGAUAGUUGACAAAUCCGGUGGUUUUUUUUUUUUUUUUAAUCAAAAUUCAUGCGGAAACAAGUGACAUAACCUUAAUUUUUAUUGAGUUUGAGCACAUGUUGCUACUUCAUGUGUAAAUAAGUUUAAUACAAUUGAUUAAAUUGUAAUAAUAAAGUUUAAGAAGAUUUAUUUAAAUAAAUUAUUAAUAAAUUCAUUUUAAAAAAUAACAAAUAAAAAAUGUCAUCGUGGAAAAAAGCAGCAAAAGCUGGUCAGAAGACUCACCGUGAACGUCAUCAACCGGAGUCACGUCAACACUUGGGUCUUUUAGAGAAGAAAAAGGAUUAUAAAUUACGUGCACAAGACUACAAUGAAAAACAGGCGACUUUGAAGCUUCUGAAAAAGCGGGCGUUGAAUAAAAAUCCAGACGAGUUUUAUUUUCAUAUGAUUAAUUCGAAAAUGGAUAAAGGAGUUCACAGAGAGAAAGAAAAAAAAGAAGAGCACACAAUUGACCAGAUAAGAUUAAUGGAGACGCAGGAUUUGAAGUAUAUCUCUCACAAAAGACAUUUAGAGGCACGUCAAAUUGAAAAACUCCAGAGUCAAUUGCACAUGAUUGACGUAGCAAACCAAACACCAAACAAUCAUAUAUUUUUCGUUGAUGAUGACGAGGAAGCUAAAAAUUUUGACGUAGCUAAACGUCUUGAAACUCAUCCCGCGCUUUUAUCUCGAAAGACAAAUCGUCCUAAGUUAAGUGCUCUGAAGAAAGUUAAAUUACCUGAAUUAGAUGAAGCGACAAUUGCAAAAGUUGAGCAGCAAAAACACAUGGCUUAUACGGAAUUACGUAAGCGAAUUGAACGUGAAACUGGAUUAACAAUUGUUCAACAGAAAUUAGAAAUGCGUCGUGCGUUAAAAGAUAGAACUUUGGAUAAACCUAAAGUUAUUAAACAAGGUUCGAAAACAUCAGCACCAGUUUACAAAUGGAAGUUACAGCGUAAAAAGUAAUUUUUUAUUAUAAACUCUUCGAAAUAGAGUAAGAAGAGACCCAUUACCCGAUCAGGAAACUAAUACCCGAUCGCUCAUGUAUUUGUAUAUCUGUAUUUAAUUAAUUUUAUGAGUGUAAUGUAGCAGACAUCAGACAAAUUUAAAAUUUUAAAUAAUUAAAAAAAUAAAAUUUUAAAAAAUGGGCAUUUAAAAAAUUUUGAAAUUAAUAAGUUCAUUUUUUACAAAUAUUUUUUUAAUUAUUUACCCUAUUUAUUUAUAAUUUUAAAUUUGUCUGAUGUCUGCUACACUCACACUUAUAUUUUACUAAAUACAGAUAUACAAAUACAUGGAGUAAUCGAGUACUAGUUUCCUGAUCGGGUACUAGGUCUUUUACCUUACACUUAUUAAAUAUAUUAUUAUUAUAUAUAAUUAAAAGUUAAUAAAAUUUUUAAUUAAAUAA